AUGGGCAGACUUCUUCGCCUCUCAGCCGCGGCACUGCUGUUCGCCGCCAGCGUCUAUGCGCAGGCUCCGACACUGACGACGGUGACCUUCAACGGCCAAACGGAGACGCUCACGCCCGGUGCGCUCGAGUCCUGGAAGGAAGCGCACAAGGGCAAGACGUCCGAGUCGCCGUACGGGUACACGCCCUCGCUCUCGUCGACAGUUGCGUAUACGGUAGUGUUCUCGCUUCUCACGAUUGUGCACCUCGUCCUGGCCAUCAAGUUCAAGUAUGCCUCGGCAAUCGGAACGAUGGUCGUCGGCGGUAUUCUUGAGAUUAUCGGCUGGGCCGGCCGCCUCUGGUCGAACAAGAACAUCCUCCUUUGGGACCCGUUCAUUAUGCAGACGUGCUGCCUUAUCAUCGGCCCCGUCUUCUUCUCUGCCUGGGACUACACCCUCCUCGGCUUCUGUAUCCGCUACCUCGGGUCCGAGUACUCGCUGAUCCCGCCAAACGCGUACAUCAUCAUCUUCGUCGCGGCGGACAUCAUCUCUCUGAUCCUGCAGGCCGUCGGAGGCGGUGGUGCGGCCGUAGCAGCCCAGGACUACAAGGACACGACGGAGAGCACCCACAUCAUGCUGGCGGGUAUCCUGUUCCAGCUCGCGACGACCACGAUCUUCGUCGUCCUCGCCAUCGACUUCAUCGUCCGCGUCAUGUUCCACAAGCCGUACCCUGCCAAACUGCACAACUUCAUGUCGUGCAAGUGUCUCCGUCGCAGGAAGAACAAGACCCCCGAGGACGCCCUCCCGACCAGCGAGGGAAGCAGUGUCACCAAGCCCGAGGGCCCGAGGGAUAAGCGCGACGUCCGCAAGGCGCAGAUCCUCCUCGCUGGCGUUGCUUGGGCCACCCUCAUGAUCUACAUUCGUGGUAUCUACCGUUCCGUCGAGCUCGCCCAGGGUUGGAGCGGGUACGUCAUCACGCACGAGGUGUACUUCAUCUGGCUCGACGGCUUCAUCAUGGUCCUCUGUAUGGCUGGACUAGCUGUGACGCACCCCGGCUUCCUCCUCCCGAACGAUGGCAAGUGGAAGUAA